ACAGGAGCAAGAGGCAGGCUAGGGUCUGUUACCUCACUGCUAAUUUCCCUGGCAAAUAAACCAGCAGCUGCUGGUCCAUGAACCAAGUUGCCACCAGGAACGGGGGACUGUAUGCAUGGGACAGGAUGCUUUCAUGGAGCCCUUCGGCAGGACGCGUGGGGUCCUUCAGUGCAAAAUAUACCUCCUUCUCUUAGCAGGUGCUUGCUUGGGGCUGAAGGUGACGGUGCCAUCACACACCAUCCAUGGCAUCAGGGGUCAAGCCCUCUACCUCCCUGUGCACUAUGGAUUCCACACUCCAGCAUCAGACAUCCAGAUCAUAUGGCUGUUUGAGAGACUCCACACGAUGCCCAAAUAUUUACUGGGCUCUGUGAACAAGUCUGUGGUUCCCGACUUGGAAUUCCAACACAAAUUCACCAUGAUGCCACCCAACGCCUCUCUGCUCAUCAACCCACUGCAGUUCACUGAUGAAGGCAAUUACAUCGUGAAGGUCAACAUUCAGGGAAAUGGAACUCUAUCAGCUAGUCAGAAGAUUCAAGUCACUGUUGAUGAUCCUGUCACAAAACCAGUGGUGCAGACUCAGCCUUCCUCUGGGGUUGUGGAGUAUGUGGGAAACAUGACCCUGACAUGCCUCGUGGAAGGGGGCACCCGGCUGGAUUACCAGUGGCUAAAAAAUCGGAGACCUGUUCACACCAGUUCCACCAACUCCUUUUCUCCCCAAAACAACACCCUUCGUAUUGCUCCAGUGACCAAAGAAGACAUUGGGAAUUACAGUUGCCUGGUGAAGAACCCUGUCAGUGAGAUGGAAAGUGACAUCAUUACACCUACCAUAUAUUAUGGACCUUAUGGACUUCGAGUUAACUCUGAUAAAGGGCUAAAAGUAGGGGAAGUGUUUACUGUUGAUAUUGGAGAAGCCAUCUUGUUUGAUUGUUCUGCUGAUUCUUAUCCUCCCAACACCUACUCCUGGAUCCAGAGGACUGACAAUACAACAUAUGUCAUUAAGCACGGGCCUCGCUUGGAAGUUGCAUCUGAGAAAAUAGCCCAGAAGACAACUGACUAUGUGUGUUGUGCUUACAACAACGUAACUGGAAGGCGAGAUGAAACUCAUUUCACAGUCAUCAUCACUUCUGUAGGAAUAGAGAAGCUUGCACAAAAAGGGAAAUCAUUGUCCCCUUUAGCAAGUAUAACUGGAGUAUCACUCUUUUUGAUUUUAUCCAUGUGUCUUCUCCUCUUAUGGAAAAAGUAUCAACCCUACAAAGUUAUAAAACAGAAGCUAGAAGGCAGGCCAGAAACAGAAUACAGGAAAGCGCAGACAUUUUCAGGCCACGAAGACGCUUUGGAUGACUUUGGAAUAUAUGAAUUUGUUGCUUUUCCAGAUGCUUCUGGUGUUCCCAGGAUGCCAGCUAGGUCUGUUCCAGCCUCUGACGGUGUACCAGGGCAAGAUUUGCACAGUACAAUUUAUGAAGUUAUUCAGCACAUCCCUGCCCAACAGCUAGACCAUCCAGACUAUGGAAAGGAAUAAAAGAAUAUAAGUUUCUUCAACCCGUAGAACUGGACAUCUAUAGAGAGCAUUUUACGUAUCUCUUCACCAGGUGAGCAUUCAUGGGCAAAGUAAUGCAUCGGAGUUAAGUAAUGAAAGCACAUUUUGAAGAAAAGCAGUGGAAAUAUAUACUCAUCCAGAGUCACUGAAGAAAUCAAGCCCAAUACCUUUUACUCAUCACGCCUUUUAAUGCAGAAGAGUCAUUUAUAAAAAUCAGACUGCAGGUUUUCCCUCCUACACACGAUGCAUUGUGCUAUGGAGGAGCAUGGUGGAGAGAGUUCUCAAUGGACAGUCUUCAGCAUGCUGAUGGGGAGGAAGAAAAGGACAGACGAGACUUUCCAAUUACUUUUUUUUUUAUCAAAUUCUCUACAAAACUCAAUUGAUUCUAAUCUAUAUUUUCCCUUUCAUCAACACUGAUUCUAUCCCCUCUAACCUGUAAAAGUGGAAACCUUAUAUUUGUAAAAGUUUCAUCAGCCUUUGUUUUACGAAAUUCCUAUUACUGUUAAGAUUGCUGUAUUUAUUUUUUAAAUUUAUUCCCAAACUUCCUUCUUGCUAUUUGUACGACAGAAUAAUAAAGAUAAUUGUCACAAAAGCAAGACUGUGCCUUCUCUUAGAUUGUCAAUCACCGAUGGCAUUGUUGAAAAGGCUUGUAAAACACUGAAGGAAAUGACUUAUUAAAGUCUCAUUUUUAUUUUUGUUCAAGGAAAGAUGGGUUCAAAUAAAUUAUUCUGUUUUUACUUUUA